AUGACGCUCCCUCCAACUGGCGAGAGUAAAUUCCUCCCCUCCCGCAAUGAGCUCGGCCUCGUGGCAGUUGGCUUCUCCGGCGGUCAGACCAAAGCCGGCGUCGACGCUGCCCCCACGGCUCUCCUUGAAGCCGGCCUUAUCCACCAACUCCAAAACGACCUCAACUACAACGUCACCUUCGACGGCCAAGUGCACACCUACGCGGACCUUAUCCCCGCCUCCGACCCACCCCACCGCAACAUGCUGCGCCCGAAAUCCGUCAGCGCCGUCACGCGCGCAGUGUCCUCGCAAGUGUAUACGCACGCGGCCGCGGGGCGCCUUGUGCUCACGCUCGGCGGCGACCACUCGAUCGCGAUCGGGACGAUUUCCGGGACGGCGAGGGCGGUGCGGGAGAGAUUAGGGCAGGAGAUCGCAGUGGUGUGGGUGGAUGCGCAUGCGGAUAUCAAUACGCCGGAGACGAGCGAGAGUGGCAAUAUCCAUGGGAUGCCGGUGAGUUUCCUGACGGGGAUGACGCGGAGUGAGGAUGAGGAACGGUUUGGGUGGUUGGGGGAGGAGCAUUUGAUUAGUGCGAGGAAGUUGGUGUAUAUCGCGUUGAGGGAUAUUGAUCGGGGGGAGAAGGAGAUUCUGAGGAGGGAGGGAAUCAAGGCGUUUUCGAUGCAUGAUAUUGAUCGACACGGCAUCGGCAAAAUCAUGGACAUGGCACUGGGCUGGAUCGGAAGUGACACCCCCAUCCACCUCUCCUUUGACGUCGACGCACUGGAUCCGAUGUGGGCUCCGAGCACGGGGACGCCCGUCCGCGGAGGACUAACCCUGAGAGAAGGCGACUUCAUCGCCGAGUGCGUGGCGGAGACGGGGAAUCUCAUCGCACUGGAUCUCGUUGAGGUCAAUCCGAGCUUGGAAGUAACUGGGGCGCAAGAGACGGUUCGUGCCGGGUGCUCGAUUAUCCGAUGCGCGCUGGGAGACACACUGCUGUGA